UAGGUAGGUACCUAUUUAUAUUAGAUAUCUUCUAUACAUUGUGCGAAUAGCAAUGAUCGAAUAAUAUGAAUAACGUUGUGGUAUUUCGUAAUGUUUCAUGUUUCAACCAUUCAAUUGAUCAUUUAUCAUUGAACUUUUUAUGUGUGUGAUUGGAUUUGUUGGAAUAUCUUAUUAGAUAUUAUUCAAUAUUCUGUUUUUAUACAUUACAUUCUGCAUUAUCACAUAGCCUUGAAUGAGGUCUUGUUCCAGACCGAGUGAGAUGGAGGAAGAUCGAAUAUUAGACUUCGAUGAUAUGCUAGAAGAAUUGGGGGAGCUUGGGCGAUUCCAAAUAUUCACCUAUAUACUAGUAUGCUUUCCAGUUCUUUUCGCAGCCUCCAACAGUUUGAGUUACGUUUUCACUGCUGGAAUUCCAAACUAUAGAUGUUUCAUACCAGAAUGUGAGGAUCAGCACCAAACUACAUACGACACACCUUGGUUGAAAUGGGCUAUCCCAACGGAAUCCAAUGACAACCAAGUGAUUGGUGUCAAAACUGACUCGUGCCUAAGAUACAUGCCGAAGAAUGAUUCAGAUCUAAGCAGCACUUGCUCGCCAGAAAGUUUUACUAAAACCUUGGAAAAAUGCAAUGAGUGGAUUUUUGAUGAUGUCGAAAGGACAAUUGUCAAUGAGUGGAAUAUAACAUGUAUAGAGAAUCAGUGGAAGAUAUCAUUAGUUGGAUCUUCUCACUUCGCUGGAAUAGUGGUUGGUUCCCUGGUAUUCGGCAUUUUAGCAGACAGAUAUGGCAGAAAACUAGUAUUCAUCUUCUGCAUCCUCCUCAUGAGCAUCUCUGGAGCUCUUCAAGUUUUGUCGCCAAACUACAUCACUUUUGCCAUCCUGGUUUUCGUCAACUCCCUAGGAACAUCGGGAGUAUACCCUCUGGCAUUCAUUUUCGGUGUCGAAAUGGUGGGAAAAAGAAAAAGGGAGGUCACUGGCAUCGUUCUCAACUAUUUUUAUGCUAUCGGAGAGGCAGUGGUAGCUCCCAUAGCAUGGUACACUCAAGACUGGGUCCAGAUACAGCUGAUAGUUUCAGUGCCAGCUAUACUCUUCCUAGGCUACUAUUGGGUAAUUCCAGAGUCAGUGAGAUGGCUUCUCGCCAACAGGAGGAAACAUGAUGCCAAGAAGAUUGUAUUCAAAGUAGCCAGAAUCAAUAGGGUAGUGCUUUCUGAUUCAGUCGUUGAUUCCUUCAGAGAAUCCUCACCUCUCAAGGCCAAGGGUGGUGGUGUCCACAAGGAAACAGAGAGGAUAUUGGUAGUUGCCAAGCAAAUGCUGUCAUCUCGGAAGCUGUUAAUCCGAUUCCUUAUCGUCUACUUCAUCUGGGGAAUCAACGCUUUUAUCUACUAUGGUCUGAGCAUAAACUCUACCAGUUUGGGAGGCAACAAAUACCUCAACUUCGCUUUGGUGUGCCUGAUCGAGAUUCCAGGUUACUCCAUUGCUUGGAUCUGCAUCCAGAAGCUAGGAAGAAGAAUUUCGCUCAUAGGUUCACUGUUACUUUGUGGAGUGACUUGUACUCUGACUAUUUUUAUCAGCGACACUUCUGGAAGUAACUGGGGGGUGAUUGUGCUGUUCCUGAUCGGAAAAUUGGGGGUGACCUCGGCUUUCGGGGUAGUUUAUGUCCACACAGCUGAGAUGCUUCCUACAGUGAUAAGAAGUGGGGGAGUUGGGACCGCCUCGACUGUGGCUAGGUUAGGGGCACUUUUGGCCCCAUUCGUCCCCCUAUUGGGACUUCAUCACCCUUCCCUACCCAUGAUAACCUUCGGAGCAGUCGCUAUUUUGGCAGGUCUUCUGGCCAUCAAACUACCGGAGACUCUUGGAAUCAAGUUACCAGAAUCUGUUGAAGAAGCCAAGAAUAUUUGAAGAAAUGGAGGCAGAGUUUUUUAUACGAUUUCAUCAGUAUUAUUCGCUACUUUGUGAUAAAGAUAAAUGUGAUUGUUACUUAUUUUUCUCAAUUUUCUCUAAGAAAUAGUUAUUUAUGAUGUGCAUGACUAAAUCAUAUUUCGCAAUUAUAAUCAAGUACAUUAUUUA